CCGGUUGUGUAUCACCGGGACGCAGUGAGUCAGCCAGCCCCGAGUCCCCAGAGGGAGCGCGGCACGGCACGGCACGGCUACAGACCCCGCCCGCUCAGAAAGAAAAGCGAGCGCGAGACGGAGAGGGAGAGGGGGUGGGGGUUACUUAGACCGAAUCAGGGUGCCGGUGAGUGUUGUUGCCGCCAUAGGUGGAGGUUGCAUUGGGAGUAUGUUCGGAUUAAAGCUUUGAUCAUCAACGGCUCCCUGCUGCGCCGGUCAGCGUGACGCACAGGAAGUGAGGGCGCACCGCGACUGGAGUCACAUUGGAUUAGAGCCAGUGACAGCGGAGGGAUCACCAAGUUGAGAUGCUGUAAGAGCUUGUGGUGUGUGUGAGGAGGAUGCUCCCGUCUCGCAGUUGUUAUUGUAUGAUAAGUUUGGACUGAAAAUAACGGAAAGAAGCGUGCUCAUCUGUCUGGGAUGUAUUUAUUUGAACUGCAAUAAGAGAAAAAGGUCAAGUGGACGCAGUUUUAGGCUGUGGAGAGAUUUGCGGUGUGAGAGGAGCGGAACAAAGCGUGCGCCAGGCUGAAAACCCGACACCAAUCUGGAUAAACAAAUAUGACAGCAAAUUUUGACGUUGUCUUGCGUCUGCUAAUGAGCAACGAUAUCGCCGAUAGAAUUGCAAACCUCGGGUGAAUUCUGGAGUGUAAUUAAUUGUGAUUUUUGGAGAAAGAGGGGAUCUAUUCCAGGUGGCGAAUCUACCUCCCUCCGCGCGUAAUGGGAGAAAAGUUUCGGACCUUGCAGAGGAGACGCACUCGCAGCAUCCCGCCGACGACUCGCUUAUAAAUAACAUGUUUAUCCUGCUGUUCCGUCCGCGGCUGACGAAGUUUGAAAGUGAAUUUCAACCAUUCAGUAUGACUUGAAACAGCCUUGGGGUUAUCGGAACUCGCAUCAAACUAGUUAACGAUCCAUGUACCGCCGACUUGUCCAAAGACGCGCAGACGGACAUUAAUGAUCUAGAGAGGAUUUCUGCAGCAGCAGCAGCGCAGUGAAAGCCUGAUCCCAGUGUGAGAGAGAGAGAGAGAGAUCCCCCCUGGAUGUCUAUGAUGUUGUGCCAGCUCGGGCAGAGGUGUGUGAUGGAGGUGGUGGUGCUGACCAUCCUGACCUGGGUGUCCGUGUGGGCAGAGGAGAAGAUCAUAUUUGACAGACACGCUGUCUACUGGAACAGCUCCAACCCCAAGUUCUGGCACGGAGAGUACAGGGUGGCAGUGAACAUUAAUGACUAUCUGGACAUCUACUGUCCUUACUAUGAGGGUCCUCCAUCCCAUGGGCGUAUGGAGCGCUACAUCCUGUUUAUGGUCAACCACGAGGGCUACACUUCCUGCCAGCACAGGAUGCGUGGCUUCAAACGCUGGGAGUGUAACCGUCCCAGCGGUCCUGACGGACCCCUGCGCUUUUCAGAGAAGUUCCAGCUCUUCACCCCCUUCUCCCUGGGCUUUGAGUUCAGGCCUGGACACGAGUACUACUACAUCUCGUCUCCUCACCCAAACCAUGUGGGUCGAGCAUGUCUAAAGCUGAAGGUGUAUGUCAGACCUCCAGGGUCGGGAUAUGAUUCUCCGGAGCCCUUCCUGACUGAUGGAGGUCUAAGCUGGAGGCCAGGGUCCAUGGCCCUGUUAGCUGCUCUGGCCUCACUACUCCUGGGACUCUUCUCCUGGCUGUGACCCCUCUCCUUCUCUUCCUGGAGCUCCCACCCAGGGUCGCUGGGCUGGGCUGGCUAUCCCUCUAAAUCCACCACCCCUCAGGGAAGCCCUCUGUCUCCGUCCUCCCCUCUCCCACCUCCACCUCUAUACGACCACCAACCACCCCCCCUGCCAGCCCCUUCCAUGGCCCAGCAACGGACACCCUUCCUGAGAGGCAUGGGUCUUAAGCUGUCUGGGAAGCUGCCCUUCAUCUGUGAUCCCCAAAUUCUGGGUGGAACAGCGCCUUUCAGCUGAAAAACACAAGGGAAAUGUCUCUGCACUCAUGUCAGGAGGUCCUUUUGAUUUGACUAUUGACUCUUGGCCACUGAUGGGGGAGAUGUAGCCGCGGCUAUGAUUAAACUUGUCGUUCCAGUGCUAUUCCUAUCAUCCAAUCAUAGCAGGAUGCAUUAAGCGAUAGGCCUGGAUGCACAAAAAUUGGAUUUUUCUCACAUUGCUGUCCCAUCGUGAAACCAAGAUUUGGAAGUGGCCAGGCUUGCAUUGUAAUAGAAAUUCAAUACUAUCUGAACCUGUUCCAACUGCAACAAGAAUAAGAGCAAAUGUAUAGAGAUGGAGAGGAGAAAAGUGACUCGGCCUAUGCAGAAAAGGAAGGGAAAACAAUGCGGGCACAGAUUUAAAUGAAUAUGGCCAUAUGGGAAAUGUAAUAUUAUAUGUGUUGAUAUUUUCAGACCCAGUAUAGAUUCAUAGCAAUGCGAUAUAAAAAUCAUACAGUUAGAUUUUUUUUAUGAGAAGCUAAGAUAUCACAAUAUAAUGACAAGUAUAAUCAUAGCCUGUUUCAGUGGGAGGGUGGUGGGGUGUGGUGGUGGUGUAGGGGGGGUGUUCUGGGUGGGUUUGGUGAGGUGUAUAUUUUCAGGUGUGUUUUGUCUUAUUCAUGUUUCUAAACAAAGCAUUUAUCACAGCCUGGCCAGCACAGGCGUCUUCGGCACUGUCUAAUGUCGAUUGGGUCGGGUGACUUUUGGAACCAUGACUUUCUCAUGUAUGAAUGUACCACUGGUCACCCACCUCUUUGUCUUUCUGUAUUAUUAUGACUGUGGUCACUUACAGUACCUUCUCUUGGACUGGCAGGAUAAAUGGGUCAGGCAUUUGGAGGGAUAGUGAGGCAGGUAGGAGGAGGGUGAAGUAAGGAUGAACGGAGGACAGGUGAGAAAAGGAGGCGACACUCAAGUUGCAUGACCACUGUGAAAACCUUCAGAUCAAUCUCGUUUGUAAUGAUGAUAUAUUUUUUCAUGGGGAAAAUCAGAAACACCCUGCUACCGCUCUCUUGCUCUCCCUGAGACUUUUUCAGACAUCAAAAGGAAAAUUCAACCUCUCUCCCCACACGGUUUCUCCUGUCUGGCUUUCGGUCGUUGAUGGAUUAGCUUGGGCCGGGAGAUAAAUGGACCCACAGGGUGAAACUGACUGGAAAUCAGCCCUCAGAGCCCAGGCUGGAUCACAACGGACGUAAACACUGACUGAAGCUGGUCCUGGGUCUGAGGGUUAAACCAAUAAGGGAAGCACAUAGACUGUGGCAAAUGAGGCAAGGUGUGUGUCGUAGCAUCACAAAAACACACAUGCGCAUGCACACACACACACACACACACACACACAUACAUACAUAUACACACAGUCUUUGAUGACAGGACUGUUCCUCUGAGACUUUGGGAGCAUUCAUGGACAUGACUAUAAAGGGAACAGUACAAAGAGAGAGGGAGCAGAGAUGGGGGAGAGGAAGUGUGUGUGCAUCACGGGACUGAGUCUUCUUUAAUGUUGGGAAGCGAACAUAAUGAGUAAGCACUGUGAGCACACACAUACAUACGCACAUGACGACUCAUGUACAGAUACACACACACACACACACACACACAAGUACAGACACAUGUAGAAAAGCACAUGCAGAUCUAGACAUUUACAAAGACAUGGCAUGCAUAUACACACAUGUACAAAGACACACACACGCAGGAAAACACAAACAAGGGGAAACACUUCCCUGUUUCAUCUUAUUUUUGUAGCAUUUAAAAUCACUGUUAAUUACUCCUGUGUGGGAUGCAGUGAUGGGGUAUAGCCUGUGGAAGAUUUAAAAAAAUGUGUUUUCUCUUCUUCUAUUCCACUGAUGCUGUCCUUCUAUCGUUCUUCUUCUCUGGUUUGUGAUCCAUGGUUGGUAGUGGUAGGAUGCCUCCAGGUCUGAGCGUCAUGUAUGAGUUUGUCUCCUUUUCUGUUUGUGGUGUUUUUGUGGAAGCUGACCUCAGUCAUUUAAGUCAGUCAGUCAAAAGUAAACACAGAAGUCAGAGCAAGGAGAGAAACACACAAAUAAAGAUUGUCUUUUUGUCUACUCGAAAAACAA